AACGAAGCCAGAAGGCUGUGCAUGCAGUACUACUAGACUUCAGUUCCUACGAUAACACAACUCAAACAAAUGCCUGGGCGUUUUCAGUAUGUAUUUGCUUGACUUUUAUAUUCCGAACGCGGUUACUCUGUUUGUUUGUUGCAGAAAUGAUCUUUCUUAAUAUUGCAGUCCCGAGGCAAGCACAUGGCAGAAUGAUUUCAUCAGCAGUGAACAAAUCUCUGCCAAAAUGCGACAUGGUCCAUUGCUUGGGUGCAAUCUGUAGCUUUGUCCUGCUUUUUAAUAAUAAUAACAACAAUUAUACAAGAGGGAGUAUACUUACAUUUUUCAGCAAGCAAUGGAUGUGAGAAAAGGAUGGAUGCCAGCCAGGCGUGGCUUAUUUAAAUCUCCAAUAUGUCAAUGCAAGGGGAGUAUGUAUAUAAACGGCAGUAUCCAUCCGAUAGCCAGACAUUUUCAGUUAUGAAUAGCAACGAACGAAGGUUAGUGAAAAAGGGAUUCUUACAAAGUAUUCAAUCACAACGAAGUCUGUUGUUCUUACGCUCCAGAGACGACUCGUGAAAUUGUAUUUUCUUUCAUUGAUUUGUUACUACUGUGUUGUGUUUGUUUGCACUCCAAAGCAAGCGUGAUUCCUCUUCAAGCGAAGUUUUAAUUUCACCUUUGCGAUGGCGGAGGUAGGGGGCUUUCUCGGAGCGCACGAUUUGGAUUUACACGGAUUUUCUGCCUUUGGGAAUAUUCCUCUGUCCGACUCUCCCGGUGUUUUGAAUGAGAGGCUGGGACAGAUUGAGGGGAAGUUGCAGAGGGGGUCUCCCACGGAUUUCACCCACCUGAAAGGCAUUUUGAGGCGAAGGCAGCUCUACUGUAGAACGGGUUUUCACCUUGAGAUUUUUCCCAAUGCUACCGUGCACGGAACCCGGCAGGACCACAGCAGAUUUGGAAUUCUGGAGUUUAUUAGCUUGGCUGUCGGUCUGGUCAGUAUCCGAGGGGUUGAUGCAGGACUUUACCUGGGGAUGAAUGAGAGGGGAGAGCUCUAUGGGUCGAAGAAGCUAACGGCUGAAUGCGUGUUCCGGGAGCAGUUUGAAGAGAACUGGUACAACACCUACGCGUCCACUCUGUUUAAGCAUUCUGACACGGGGAAAUACUACUAUGUGGCCUUGAAUAAAGACGGAUCACCGAGAGAAGGAUACCGGACUAAAAAACAUCAAAAAUUUACCCAUUUUUUACCAAGGCCUGUGGACCCUGAUAAAAUACCAGUGGCAUAUCGAGACCUGUUCCACUACAGGUGACAUGUGACAUGCCCAGCGAUGCAUAUAGGGGGGUUUCCAGAAUUCCCGAAUUCCCAGUACUAGAUGUUAGAAGACAAGCACUUAAAUUCACCACUACCGUUUCAUAUUUAAUAGUUGAUGUAGAUCUGUGUUGGAGCUCCUCUCAAAUUCUUAUAAAGGAAAAGUCUAAACUGUUACCCACACUGAGAACCUCCAGUAAUGAUAUCACAAUGUGGACAAAAUGCUGCUGCAAAUAAGCUUAAAGCUAUAAUAUAUUUAAAGAAAAAAAAAUGUUUUAAUAAAUUGGAUAAUGAACUGAGGAAGACGCGUGAUGUUCCAGCUCUAGGGAACAUUAUUAAAAAGAUGGUGUACAUAUGGAUGGAACUAUUUAUAAAAUGUACAUUAUAUUUAUUUUAUAUGUAUUAUAUAUAAAAGUAUAUUUAUUUAUUGCAAAGAAUUUAUUUUGUAAUGAACUAUAGAUUCUAAUGAAAUAAGAUCUUAAAGAAAAACAAACAGAUGAAUAAUAAGACAAUAAAAUGGUCCUGUAAUAUCAGGUGCUCGGGUGUUUUUAAUUGGUGUUUUAAU